AUGCCCGGUGCAACCCCAUAUAUAGGAAAUGCGACAAGGAUAUGGGAGAUCAAUGUGCACUGGAACUUGUAUUCUCAGUGCGGGAUCUGGGAUCCUAAAGGUCGUGGCGUGGAUAUUUGGGAAUGCAUUAGAGCUCGUAAGUUGCCACUUUCCUUUAUGUCUAGCAAUCCUCAUAUGUCCCCUCUAGACGACUCAACCCAGCUUACCCAGCCACCCAACGGUCUUUACUGGCGCUACAUCGCCCGUCGGUAA